AUGGCUUCAAGAGCUUUGGCAACAACAGCUUUUCUCCUUACGUUAAACCUUCUUUUCUUCACUCUUGUAUCCUCUAAUAGUACCCCAAAAGGCUGCCCACCUCCACCAAAACCACCAUCACCAGGGUGCCAUUGCACAUCACCACCAAAACCUCCAACUCCUUCAAAACCUCCAACCCCUUCAAAACCACCAACACCUACAACACCUUCAAACCCUCCCAAAGCCACUUGCCCAAAAGACACUCUAAAAUUGGGUGUGUGUGCUAAUUUGCUCAACAACCUUCUCCCUAUAGUCAUCGGAACCCCAUCAAAGACACCAUGUUGUUCCCUCCUUUCUGGCCUCGCAGAUCUUGAUGCAGCAGUCUGUCUUUGCACUGCCAUUAAAGCUAAUAUCUUGGGAAUCAACCUCAAUGUUCCUGUCUCAUUGAGCGUGUUGCUUAACUAUUGUGGAAAGAAGUCUCCAUCCGGCUUCCAAUGCUCAUAG